GGGAGGGGAUGGGUUGAGUCACGAGAGGUUACGUGGCUGAAGUUUUGUGAAUUUAUAGCAAAUAUCCAUAGAAACUUGUAUUUUGAAGAACAUUUGAACGCUCAAGGAACAUUUUACGGUUUUUAUUCUUUUGAUCGCAAGUGUGAUUCGUAAGACUCCGAGAAAAACAUGAUCAAGGUUGUCAUUCUCAUUGGAGGUCCAAUGAAAGGUAAGUUAUCGAAUACGGAUUGCACGUCUCCCAGCUGGGCUUCAAAAUUAGCUAUAAAUCAUCCAAUUUUCUUUAACCUUGCUUUUCUUUCGGUCAACAGGAACAAGGUUCCGUCCACUUUCCUUGGAGUUACCUAAACCUUUGUUUCCCAUCGGAGGAUUCCCAGUUGUGUAUCACCAUAUAGAAGCUUGUAAAAAGGUACUGCUAAUUUAAACUUUGAUCGAACUAACAAUAAAAUCAUAUGAUUUCCUUUUAAUAACCUAUCGAUUAUUCUUUUUUUUGUCGUUCAUUUCUUAAUCAUUUCCUACUUUGUUUUAGCCUCUCGUAAUUUAAAUCGAAAUCAGAAAAUAAGGAAAAAAACCAUUAGGCUGUCCAAAUGCGUAUGUACACAGAAAUUCUAAUUCUCAAAGAAAUAUGCUGAAAGUAAUGAAUCAUAACAUUCCGCUUCUAAAUCAUCACUGUCAUUAUCCAGAAUGAUUCAUGCAAUUUUCACGGAUGCAGAAAGAGAAUCUCAUACUUUCUUCUGGUCGGGGUCUAUUGCAAAAUACUAUACCUGUGAUUUUCUUAGAUGAGACCAAGAUUUAAAUAUUCGAUAACUUAAUGGUUUGGACUUAUUUUUCAGCUUCAUAUGAGAAUUAUAAUUUUGUUUUUUUUUUAGAUUCCAGAUCUCAAGGAGAUUAUCUUAAUAGGAUUUUAUCAGUCAAGUGAAAGUUUGUCAAGAUUUAUUCAGAAUGCUCAACAAGAAUUUAAUAUUCCCAUCAGGUAUAAAACCUUUUAUACCUUAAUACCAGUAUUCAUAUCCUCCAUACUGUUCUUAAUACAUAUCCUAAGGUGAUGAAAGGGCGAAUUUGUGUAACAAUCAAGAGCUUCUUUAGUUGGUGAUCCUUUCCUUUAUUCUCCUGACCUUUGUGUUUGAUUCAGGGGUGAUAUUGUAAGGAGAAAUUAGAUGCUAAUCACUCUCAGGAGUCAAAGGGUUAAGAGUAUUCUUAUUGUUACACAGAAUCAUGAAUUGUACACCUGCUUAUACAUACCUCCUGUUUUAAUUUAGAUGGUAGACAGUGUAACAAGCUAGAUAUAACCAGUAAAUAUUAAUUUAUUUAUGAAUAAAUAUAUAGAUAUUAAGUUAUUUGAUAUUUAUACAGUAUAGUUCUUUAGUGGAGAAGUAUUACCAUUAGUAGCAUGAAUUGGCUUCCUAGAGGAGUUUAGCAACUCAACAAACAAACAAAAGUACGAGUUUGGUGCCUUGUAGCUAUUCACAAUAUCAGCCAUUGCACAUGUGUCAAGACUUCAUAAAUUCCAUGAAAAGAUUUGAAAUAUUCUAUAAGACCCAGUGUUCUCCUUUUCUGGCAGUAACCAGUAAACUUUACCACUUGUAGUACCUCUUAGUACUGCUGUGAUGAUGUUAGAUUAGAAUCUCAUCUAUGGGAAGACUAGUGAGUGGUUAGGGUGCUUGUAAUCUGGUGGUCCUAAGCUCAAGUCCUCCACCCUGCCAUUCACUGGAUUUGUUCUCGGUUGCCCCAAGUUCAACUCCUUGGCUACAUUGUGUAAGUAACCAACUGGUCAGCCUCCUGCCAGUUGGAAUUUUUGAGCAGUUUAUGUUUAUAUCAGUCAUUUUUUAGCACUACAGGAUAGUGGUAGAAAUGGUGCUACAGUAUUUAUUUUACUAUUUGACCAAGAUAAUCUCCAAUCAGAUAAGCCAUUUGGCUGGCUCACUGAUCAUGACUAUACUUUACUCCUUACAAGGUACCUUCAAGAAUUUCAGCCACUUGGCACAGCAGGAGGAAUCUAUCAUUUUAGAGAUCAGAUUGCUAUGGGUGAUCCUGAGGCCUUCCUUGUCCUGAAUGCAGACAUCAUUGGAGAUUACCCUCUCAUUGACUUUGUGGAAUUUCACAGGAAACAUUCAGGAGAACAUUCUAUUCUGGCAACAGAGGCAAGAAGAAUUAUUUUUCUUUACUUUUGAUUACUAAAUAAUGCAUGGUGACAUGCCUGAUUUCUCAGUAUCACACAGCAAGGUGUUCACUUGAGGGUAGAGGUAGAUUGCCAAUUAGUAACCUGUUGGCUGACAUAGUUUUUCGGGGAACCAUUCUUCACAGUUAUCCAUAUUUUAUUGCCAAUGUUAAAGGUGAUAAGCCAACAUUUACUACUCUUGUCCUGAAAUACAAUUUUUCUGGUACCUACACAAACACAUAAGGAAGAAUUAUUUUUUUUGCUUAAACUUUGCUUGGCAUUAAUGUCACAAGUCUAUCAGUUUCUGAAGAAGAAUUUUCACUGCUUCAGCAGGAAAGUAAAACAAUAAUUUGAUCAUAAAUGUACAUUGGUGAGGUAAAUAAACUGCUGCUCAUGACAGAAACUUGUCACAAUGAGCACUGAACUCUUUCACUCCUAAGAUCUCAUUAAUAAUUACUUAUUAAUCAAUUAACUAAUUAUUGCUGUCUUCCAUACAAUUCUUAUUUUGUUAGUUCUGAUUAUUAGGUUUUAGAUCAAUUAACUAAUAAUCCCCUAAUUGAUAUUUUUCUUCAUUCUCAUCACAUGCCUGCUUGAUUGGUACCUUGGUUAUGUCCGGGAGUUUUAAGGUUAAGACUAAAAAACCUCUUUUGUUAUCCCUUCUUGUUUUGGCUCUAGUCAUACAUCAGCUGUACAUAAUUUUGUUCUUCCACAGUUUUCUCAGUUUUUGAGUAGUCUUCAUUGAGAAUGAUAAGUUCUAACCUUAACUUUCACCAACAGGCUAACAAAAAGCAAGCCCACAACUUUGGCUGUUUGGUUCAAGACCCUGAGACACACAAGGUUUGUAAAGGAGGGUAAUUAAGUAUUAUCAACUGAGUUGAUAACAUAAAUUGGCUACUGUAAAGAAUUUAAAAAAUGACAUUUUGAGGGUUAGCCCUUUGUCAGAGCUCCAAACUCUUGAAACUCUUUAUGGAGAUUAUUACUCUGUUAUACUCUCCCACCAAUGCAGCAGCACAGUUUCUUAAGAGACUUACUCCCUUGCUCCCUAUUGAGGUUUGUAAGGGUUUGCUAUUCAAGGCUGUAUUAUUAUUAAAUUUCCCUUCUUAACCCUAUAACUCCCAAGAUCUCAUUAGAAAUUCUUCUUACUGUCUGCCAAAUGAUUUUCAUUAUAUUAGUUUGGAGAAUUUGGUAUUGGAUCAAUUAGUAAUCCCAUUAUUUAUAUUUUUCUUUAUUCUUGUCACUUGUCUGCAUGAUAUUGUAUAUAUGUAGUAAGGAGAAAUUCUCUCUUGGUCACUCACAGGAUUUAAAGGGUUAACUUUCUCUUCUUUAAAGGUGGGCACCUAUUUGAGGUGGGCACUUACAUGUUAAACACUGUGGAAGUCAAAACCAUCUAAUUAUUUACUCCAUUUUGAUAAUAUCUGUUGUGCCUUUUUUCUAACGGUUUGUCUGUUUUUUCAUGCUUAUUAGGUUUUACAUUAUGUGGAAAAGCCAGAGACUUUUGUGAGUGAAAUAAUCAACUGUGGCAUUUACAUCUUCUCUCCAGCUGCUUUGUUUAAACUGAUGGGGGAAAUCAUUCAAAAAAAUUAUCAAAAGAUGAGGUAUGCAGUAGUCAUAAGUUCAUGUUUAUCUUCAAUCAUAGGUAUGUCAGUGGGCAUAUUUUGGAAAGAACAACCCUAUUUCGUUCUUCAACAUGGUCAGAUACCUUUGCAUUGUGGAAAGAGAGGUAGGGUGGGGAAUCCAGAGAUGGAAAUUUUGUCCCCCUUCCAUCUCCCCCUUGUGUGCUCAGCUCUCUCAUCUUCUGCCAUUUAUUGAGAAAUGUUGCACAUUCAUCUCCACACUUUUGUUUUUAUUUCCAAUUUCCUGCCUGAUGGUUCAUUUCUUGUCUCUUUGCCCUAUGUCCUUUGUCCUUUGCCCUACUGUCUUGUUCAGUUAGCAAAGUUUAAAGUACUGCUAAUAAUGAUCAUGCAUGUUUGUUUUUACUACUUUAGUGAAGAACCAUUUCCUGGAAAUGUGGAAUCUGUCAGAAUGGGUGAGGAUGUUCUCGCUACAUUGGCCAGUGCAGGAUCACUGUACGCAUUCAAGUCAAGUUCAUUCUGGUCAUCUAUCAAGAAUGCUGGGUAAUUCUUUAAACAUCCUGUAGAGGUGGUGGUGAUUUUGAACUUCUCAAUUUAUUUCUCAGACAGUACCCUUUGUAAGAAACUUUUGUGAGCAAGUUAGGAUCUGAGGGUAUUGAGACCUCCAAGUAAAAACUGGCAAACUGCCUUGCAUAUUAAAAAGUGCAAGUGGCCAACUCUGGUUGAAUCUGGUUCCAUAAUUUGAAAAUUUAUCUUUCAAGUCCCUCUCUGUUAUUCUGCACAAUAUCAAUCGAUGCUUUUCAUUCAACUAACUUAUUCCUGCAUUUUUCACGUUGCCAUGUUCUCACCAAUAGCUUAGCUCCAUUUUACCAUGUAUAAACCACACACAACCUGUGAUUCCUCUUUUUACUUUGACAGAGGGUUAAUGCCCUAAACAUUUUGCCCUUAAAAUUGCUUUACACUGGCCAGCCAAUGAGGAUUCCUUUUAAGGCUCAACUGAAAAUUUCUAUAAUGAUCAUAAUCUAUCAAGUUCUUUAAGGUUCUACUUUCCUGUAGGGGCAUUGACAGCCAUCUUAAAUUUUAAUUUAAUGGCAAUUUAACUGAUGCCAAACUUUUAUUUUUUCUUGAACAGGUCUGCAAUUUAUGCAAAUAGAAAUGUACUUGCUAUGUAUCACAAAACUCAUCCAGAUCUUUUAGCUCAGAGUGGAAAAGGCCAACCACACAUUAGAGGUGAGAACUAGUAGGUGUGCACAGUUCUUCUGGAGUUUGUUCUUUCCUUAACUAUUCUGUCACUCAAAAGAAAUCCCAGUUUUAUUACUUCACUGUUCUUUACUCCCCGAGAUUUUUGGCAUGUUACAAUAAGUUACCUUAGUGUCCAUCAGCAUCUAUUGUGUGUGAAAAUUAUUUUCUGUUUAUUUUUCCUGAAAGUCUAUUCUUGAGCUGAGUGAUCCAUCUAACUGAAGUCUCACCCAAUUUCUUUAGCAUGAAGUGACUAUAACAUACUACUGCAUCAUGUCACCUGCAGUAUAUGAAUUAUUUUGUUAUUUUUUAACGUCAUGUUUCAGGUGAUGUAUACAUUCAUCCAAGUGCAGUUGUUCACCCAUCAGCUGUGGUAAGAUAAUUUCCAAUGGUCUUGUUUGCUUUCAAAUAUUUUUUACCCUUGUUGAAUUAUUUAUUGUCAGAGGGAUUUAUUGGCUGUCCAUAGGACCUUCUGUUUGUCUGUCUGUCUGUCUGGCCAAUUACCCAGCAGACAACUGACUAACUGACUGACUUACUGAAACAUUCUUAACUUAUAUGUUGACUGACUGAUCAAGUGAAUGACGUACUAAUUGAAUCAACAACUGACUUGACACUGACUUGGUUAUCAUUUGACUUACCCACUAACUGAAGAGCAACCACCUGGCUGACUUACUACUUGUGUAAGUGACUAACUUACUGAGUGAGAAACUGACAAACUGAGGGACUGACUGACUGACUGACUGACUGACUGACUGACUGACUGACGGACUGACUGACUGGUUAAUUGACUAACUUACUGACUGACUGACAGAUGGACUGACUGAUUUUCUGUCCGAUCUACUAAUUUAAUGAUUGUCUAACUGGUGAACUGAUGGACUGAUUGACUGUCUGAUUGACAAGCUGACCAACCAACCAACCAACCAAUGCAUUGAUCAUUGACCUUUAUACUCUGUUAACAGCCACUGUCCCCCUCUCCAUUCCCGCUGAAAAUCAUGUGAUCUGCUAAAUAAAUCCCCCUAACCCCCCCUCAGCCCAAGGUGGUAAAUAGUAAAUAAUGACUGGUUUUCCCUGUCUCUGACAGCUUGGUCCUAAUGUGUCAGUAGGAAGCAAUGUUGUAAUAGGUGCUGGAGCACGAGUGAGAGAAACAAUUUUACUGGAUGGAGCUGAACUGAAGGUGAUAGAUGGCUUUAACUUUUGAACUUAAUUAUCCAGGAUGUACAUACUUUAGACAUUAAUGUACAACUGCGAAUGUAUGAACCCUUUCACUCCCAUCAGUGACCAAGACAGAGUUUUCUCCUUACAAUAUCAAAACAAUAUCUAGCAGACAAAUGAUGAGAAUAUAGAAAAAUAUCAGUUAGGUGAUUAUAAGUUGAUCCAAUACCAAAUUCUUCAAACUAACAUCACAAGAACUGUAUAGCAGACAGUAAGGAGAAUUACUAAUGAGAUCUUGGGAGUUAACCCUUUAACUUCCAAGAUCUGAUUGUUAAUUCUCCUCUGUAGCUGCUACACAUUUCCUUUUAAAUUAGUUAUGAGAACGUGGUGCUAGAUCGAGAUUGCAGAUUCUACCUGAUAAGUUUGAAUAUUCUCAUUACCUGUUUGCUGAAGAAUGUAUGGAUAUUGUAGGGAGAAGUUUUAUGUUAAUCACUUCUGGGAGUUAAAGGGUUAAAGGGUUAAACAAACAUAUUCAAUGAAUAAAUGACUAUUGGAGUGAUCUUUGCAGUAAUGAACAUUAGUUGAGCAGAAAUGAAAACAAAGCCUGAACAGGAGUUAAACCCAUGACCUCUGCAAUGCGGGUGCAGCGCUCUAUCAACUGAGCUAACAAACCAACUGGGAGCUGAUCGUUUUGUUGGUUUGUAAUAAAUGCUUGAAGUGAUGAAUGAACGACUGUGAAUAUAUGAAGAUCAAUGUCAGUAUCUGAGAGACUGCAGACCUAUCCCUCUCCUUACCAACAAUCGUCAACUAGUAACAAGUUAGGGUUAAUUUUGAGUCAGGGGAGGGAUAGGUGAGCAGUUGCUCAGAUACUGACUUCGGUCCAACGUCUUUAGGUUGAGUUUGUUUAGGAGCCAAAGGAAAGUUUGGUUUAAUUUGACGCUGCUUAAUACCCAUAUCUCAUGCUUAUUUUUUAUUCAGGACCACUGCUGUAUUCUGUACAGUAUCAUUGGCUGGAAUUGUUCGAUAGGAAUGUGGUCACGUGUCGAGGGCAGUCGCUGCGAUCCAAACCCAAAUGAGGAAUUUUCAAGGCCUGAUGGGGAAUCCUUAUUCGGAGAGGAUGGCAAAUUGACUCCAUCUAUUACAAUUCUAGGUAGGAGAAAAAAGGAUUUUGGGUCACAGUUUAGGAACAUACAUGGUGAAAUGGAAUCUUCGUCAAUUGCGUUUUCCUGCGCUUCCCGCACGUUACCAGGCUUCUCACUUUUUUUUGACCUUGAGCCCUCUUUGGCUUCUUGUAAGAGAGAAAUUUUCAAUCGAUUGUGGAAAGCAAUCUGGGGUCGGUUUGGUCUGCUUUGUGUCACUCUCUGAAUUGUCCAGAAAACUCGCGCACUUUCUCGACCAAUCAGAUUCAAAAGUGAAAUCAAUCGCGGAUGGUCACUCGCGUUUUCCCGCGCUUUGGGCACUUACUUGAUUUUUGUUUGAGAUCUCAUUGGCUCCUUUGAUAUUUCCCUUUGUUCUGAUUGGUUGUUGUGAUGACUUUGGUUUUGAAGUUACGCCACUCAAUUGAAAUGCGUUUUACUUUGAAACGUUUAACUGGAAACUACUUUGGUCGUGCUAUUUCUGACGUCGGCUAUGAUUUGAAGUCGCUCAGUGGAAGAAUAUUCUAAAAAUUUUGUAUUCUUAGUUCAGACGACGAAGAUUUUUCGAACAUCAAGCUGAUGAUUAAACCGCAACUUUUUUAUUUGCGUUUCAGGUCGAAAUGUAACAAUACCAGGAGAAGUAAUAGUUCUUAACUCGAUUGUUUUGCCGCACAAAGAUCUUGGCCAAAGUUAUAAAAAUGAAAUCAUUUUGUAGUGACUGAGUUAAUUAGCAAACUCCUAUAUAAUUUUUAACUGUGAAGUAAAGUUAACUGAAGGAUAUUGUGUUGUUCGUACAAGUUUUUCAGUCGUAUAUUGACAGCAAGAUUAUCGUUUACACCAACCUUCGUACAGGUGAAGUUUAUCCGCAAUAUAGCAUUGCUUUGUGAUGAAAACCCGAAAUUCGUUUCAUCAGUAGAUUCCCAGUGAGGAAAAGACGAGAAACGAACACCAAAGUAACUUAAAUAAAUACCUCCCACUUAAAAUUCUGAGCGUUUCAUACAUUUUAGCUGCGCGAGAUUUGUGCAAUUUAGUAUUAGUAACCUUGCGAGAGGAAAGUUGUUCUCACAGUAUUCGCAUGAUAAGACUUGUUAAACAAAUAAAUGUAUUUGUUGUGAUAAGUUGAUACUAUUUUAUUGAUUGAAAUUGUUAGUAUUUUUAAAUAAAAUUGACUUUCGGAGGGGAUUUUUAGAAUAUUUUUAUCUACAGAGUGACUUAAAUUUGUUACUUACAGCGAGCUAAGUUGAUGUCAUGCUAAUGUAUUUCUUGCAAACUUUGGAU